AUGUGGAAAUCGGUGCUGGUGCGGGCGCUGGUGCUGACCGACCUGGCGGGGACGUGCCUGACGAGCCCGGUGGUGCUGGCGGCCUACGGGCGCGGGCGGACGCUGCUGGCGCUGGGCCCCGACGGCCGCCUCUGCCGCUACUUCGCCUUCGCCAUGAGCUUCUUCGGCCUGGCCACGGUGGGCUGCCUGGGCGCCAUGGCGCUGGAGCGGAGCCUGGCCCUCGGCGCCCCCUACCUCUACCGCCGCCUCCGCCGCCCCGCCGCCGCCGCCGCCCUCGCCCUGCCCGCCCUCUACGCCCUGGCCGCCGCCGUCUGCGCCCUGCCCCUCCUCGGCUUCGGCCGCUACGUCCAGUACUGCCCCGGCACCUGGUGCUUCCUCCAGACCCGCUUCGCCGCCCCGUCCGGGGAGAGCGCCGCCGCCUUCGCCCUCCUCUACGCCGCCCUCCUCCUCCUCCUCGUCCUCGCCGUCCUCCUCGGCAACCUCGCCGCCAUCGUCAGCCUCCUCCGCAUGCACCGACGCGGACCCCGCCGCGCCCCCCCGGACGCCCUCGGCCCACCGCCGCCCCGGACCCCCGACGCCGCCCGCCGGCCCGUCUCCAUGGCCCAGGAGCUCGACCACCUCAUCCUCCUCGCCUUCAUGACCAUCAUCUUCGCCGUCUGCUCCCUGCCCUUCACGAUCCGGGUCUUCCUGAACAGGUUCACCGGCGACGGGGAUUACAAAGAGGACCUCCGGGCCUUGCGCUUCCUGUCCAUCAACUCCAUCAUCGACCCCUGGGUCUUCACCAUCCUCCGGCCCCCCGUUCUGCGGCUCAUCCGGUCCGUCCUGUGCUGUCGGAUGCCCCGGAAGCCGCGAAACCACAGCCGGGAGAGAGCGGCUGUCGCCAAAGCAAAGCCCAGCCCGCAGGUUGAUAUCUGCAAAGAGGACACCUGGGGAUGGGCAGAAAAGGGGAACGGCACAAGCAUCCCGGCCAGGAAUGGGCGGGAGGCCCAGGAUGAACCUCUGUGCAAAGCGUCAGCUCGUGGAUCCACAGUUGCCGUCGGAGUCAGCGGGAGGGUGGAAUGGCCACCGGCCAAGAUCCACAGGAUGUACGCCGGCCUUUACGAGCGUGGGUGGGCCGACGGGGAAGCACACUGA